UGUAAUCGACCAAUGGUUUAUGUAGCAUACGACAUGAUAUGAGCGUGUUGUUAUCGACUUUAUCAAAUCUCUUUCAUUACUCAUUGGGCUUCAUACAAGCCGAGCUGGCAUAAACAGCCGGUAUUCGUUGUCUCUGGUGUUUGUGAACGCGUGAUAGUCAGUCUGCCUGUCAUUCGGCCGCGACGAGAGUGUGCCUUCUCCAUUUUAAUUGAAAUGAACGGGACCGUGCAUUAUGCUCUGGUGGCCCUGUGGGAGAAAUCCGGCUGCAAAAUAGUCGCGGAUUAUCCUGCGGAUCGGGACCCGACCUAUCGUACUCUCACUCUUAGUACGGUUGACAGCCUGAAAACGAUCGAAGACGAUAAAAUCAGCGUCGAUCGGGGCAAAUAUACGGUACAUGUGUUGAUCGGGGAACUUCAUUACGCCUGUUUGACAUCGAGAUCGAACUGCCCUUCGUCGGCAGUACGAUUAGAAUCUUGCUCUCAAAUAUUUCUACAGAGGCUGCGGAGUGUUUAUAGAGAAUUACCAAUAUUGGCGGACUUAUCAAGAGAUCUGACCAAUCCCGCGGUGGUGGAUUUCUCGAAACCUUUGAAGAAAAUAAUUGAAGAGUAUAACAAUCAAGAUGUCGAUUCCAAAAAUUUGAUCCCGAGGUUAGAGGAAGAAUUGGCCGAGGUACGUCGUCUGUUGAUGGAUGGGGUUCAAAAGCUGAUCGAUAGAGGCGAGAAAUUGGAUGAACUUGUCCGAAAGACGCAAUGUCUCGAAAUUUCGUCCCGGGACUUCCACGUAGUUUCAAGGAUUCCGAAGAAGAACAAAAAAAGCGUUCUUUUAGCAGCAGGAGGGGCAUUCUUGAUGCUUGGUUUCGUGGCAUCGUCACUCGCAAUCAUUUUUGCAAGCUUCACGAAAACGCGACGGUUUUACAACGUUAUUGGCGCGGUUAUCGCGCCAGGAUGUUCGCUAAGCGAUAUUUAA